GUGCCGCUGCUACCAGCACUCUUAGUGAGUUACGGACCGCAUGCCAGCGCGCGUCGAACGAAUCUUCGGUGUCGCGGCUUUUCCACAAUCUCACCGUCUAGAUUCUCCUAUAAAUUUAUAAUAGAAUUCGCCGCAUGUUCGCGCCACUGCCGCGUUCGAUGGCGUUGUGAUAGCGGAGUCUCCACGCCGUGAUUCCGCAACGUUCUUCUUCGCUACGUUUUCGCGCGAAGAAGCUUCUCGUUUUGAACAACGACGGCGACUACGACAGCGGCCGAAUCAAGAUAAAGCGGUGAGGUUUCUCUUUAGGGCUGAGGACUUUCGCUCGCGAACCGAGCUGGUUCCGCCAAGUUUGUCUCGGCGAGGCAAGUUUCGCGCGAUCUAGCGUGGACCGACGGAAGUCCUGAUGCAACAGCAGCGAAACAAUAUUCAACGUGCGUUGAUGUAUUCCGAUGGAGCGGAGUAUCGUGCCGCGGUGUAAGAGGGGGAAAUCAAAGAGCAGGAGGGGGUCGGAGUGACACGCGGGACACUGCCAAGUCGCGCGGGGCAAGGAGACAAUUGAAGUGCGCGUGUGCGAAAAGUGCGCGCCGCGUGGCCCUCAACCACGGUUCCGUUGUUGUGCUUUUUCUGCGGAACUGCAUGCGUAAUCUCUCUUUCUCCCUCUCUUUCUUCUCUCUCCUCGUCUCUCUAUAUGUCCUCUGUGCGCAACGCUCUCUCUUCUCUCUUUCUCACUAUCUUUCUUGUCCUCUCUGGCAACUACUUAGAAGUAUACUUCUCGAGCCGUUGUGGCUUCGUGCUCGUCUAUUAUAGCAAGGAAGCCUAGUGGACGGAGGGAACAUCAGCCGCGCGCUAACAAAACAAUUAACUACAAAUAAGCAGAAGAUAGCUGGUGGUACGGUAACCGUUACGUUUCGAGUGUGUUAAUCGCGAUGUGCGCACGUGAGGAAAAAGGACAGCGGGGAACGCAAACUCGUUGAAUUGUUUGCGCGCGCGUGGUGCAGCUCGCGCGCAAAUACGACACGAGGUUGGAACACGUCGCGUGGUAUAAAGUAGUGUUGCCGUAUCCGGUAGAGUAAGGCGCGCAUAACGCGAUAAUUUUCCAAAGAAACCGCCGCGAUCUGACGGACAUGGAACACUUCGAUAUACAUAUAGUGUAAUUGGUGGUGUUCUCCCGCGAAAAUUGUGGCAUGAUACCGUGAUUAACGGUUGUACGUGAGUUCACUGAUCGCUGGAAUGAACUCUGCUAAGUACAACAGCGCUGAUAAGAAAGAACGUCUUGCUCACCUAACACCAGAAAUAGAAAUCUCAAUCUAAUGGACGAAGGAUGCUAAAGCCUGGGCCUACGUGUGUGAACGAGGCAGCACGUGACAUGCUACGCUUCCGUAUCCACACAAUGUAAGGAUAAAGACGAUCUGUGUCUCUAACUCGGACAUCUCCCAAAAAUUGUUCUCUGCUGCGAUGAAUGGACCCCAGACCGGGGCCAUUCACGGUUUCUAAAAGGAAUCGUAGACGGAAGUGAUACGUAGAACUGAUCGAUAUUCGAUCGGUUGGCGGAGCACCGGCAGUAAAGCAUGGAGAACAAAGACGAGCUCCUUUCUGCGCGGACGGAAACGAAGACAUCGUCGUCCACGACGACAGCACCGAGUCCGCGGACACUACCGAGAUGCGCGCGAUGUCGUAACCACCGAUUGCACAUACCCUUGAGGGGACAUAAGAGGUACUGCAAGUACCGCACCUGCAAGUGUGUGAAGUGCAAGCUGACCGAGGUCAGGCAACGGGUCAUGGCGAGACAGACCAUGUUGAGAAGAGUCCUGGCUCAAGACGAGAACAAGGUCAGGGCUGCUGAAGAGCAGGUGGAUCCACCGCCAUUCGAGAGCGAGGGUGAUCGACUAUCCACCGUUCCUCAGCCGGCCAGAAGUUUGGAGGGUAGCUACGACAGUAGCAGCGGCGACUCGCCAAUCAGCAAUCACGGCGGCAACGGUGCGCACACCGCCCUGGCCGAUGUCAUCACCAUUCCAACUUCCAGGAACGUGCCCUCCUCGCAUCCCCACACUGGAUCAUCCAGUCAUUUGCCGCAGUGCCAGUUCGGUGAGCGACAAUUUACGCUUCUCUUUACGUUUUUCUUUUCCUUUUGCAUACUUCGCAUCUAAAACUUUUUGAACGCG